AUGUCGUCAUAUCACGGCCAAGGCAGUCGAAGAGAGGGCGAUUCAUCCCUCGAAGAGACAGCUUCCACCUUUGCAAUGUCUCAAGGCACUAUCCUGGCCGAGCCGGCGGAGGCGCUGCGGCUUUGCAAUGUUUACGAAGAAGAGAUUAAUAUCUCACAUCCUUUCCUUGAUAUGGAAAUGAUUCGCAGCAACGUCGAUAAGUUAUAUGGCUCCAUUGCAAUCCUGUCUCGACAUAGAUGCGGGCGAAUUUCUCUGCAAGAUACCACCAUCAUCGGUCCCGACGACUUGAAAGUAGUCAAGUUGAUGUUCGCCACUGCUUUGAUUACAGAAACAGGUGGGCCAGGUGGACUGGCCAAGGCUCUAUAUGAGGAUGUCAAGUCCUCUGUUAACGAUAGAUUCUGGGGAGAUGUCACGACCUCUACCAUAAUCAUUUUCUUUCUCCUUGCAAUGUGGCAGUUCCUGGCGGAUAACGAUACCCUCGCUUGGAGGCUGACAGGCAUCGUCGCCCGUUGGUGUCUUGAGAUUGGACUGAAUCAAUCCCUCUUCAUUCAACAGAUGUCUGGAAGCGACCAUGAUCGUAGGAUGGCGGUCCGUCUCUUUUGGUGCAUCUAUGCCUUAGACCGGCGGUGGAGCUUUGGAAACGGGCUGCCCUUUGUAAUUCAAGAUUCAGAUAUUGACAAGAAUUAUCCAGAGCCUGAUGAUCAAGUUCCGUAUCUCAAAGCGAUGGUUGCUUUUAGCCAUAUCAUGUCGGCUGUAUGGUACGAAUCGUACGGCUCUCCAGCAGAUUCAUCCAGACGCAAAGGUCAGGACGAGGCGUCUUAUCUCGACUUUCGCAUCACCAAGUGGUGGGAUGAGCUUCCAGCAGAAUUACAGCUCGGCCAGAACGACGACCAGCAUUCGCGAGGAAUGAGGAGGCUGCGAAUACUUUUAUAUCUCACAAAGUGCCAGCUUAAAAUCCUACUACACCAAUCCGUGCUGCAUUCCCCGGCGCUUAUCCAGCAACAUUCUCAGACUGCUGAGUCCGUUGUGCGCUUAGCCAAAGACAUCAUUUGCAAACUUGAUGAUCUCCACCGCUCAACUGACAUAUACUCCACGCAGCAGAUGUGCUUUAACUACUUUCUGGUCCUCUCUCUGGGUGUCAUAUUCCUCGCCAUCUCGCAGGCGCCGGAACGAUUUGCAGGUAUGGUACAAGCGGAGUUUCAUGCUGCGCUUGACCUGGUCGAGAGUUUAAGCUCGAAUUCUUAUGUAUCGCAGAGGCUAUGGAGAUUUAUCCGUGGUCUGAGACCCCUAGGAAACAUAUUGGGCGCAACGGGCCAGCCAUGUCCAGAUAAGAGGGUACAGACAGGUAUGGUCAUGGAGGGCGCUCUGGCCCAAGACUUUUCUCAGACCUUGUUGGAGCCUGACCUAGGACUUUGGCAAUUCACUGAGGAAGCCCCCUUCCUGUUCCAGUCAUCGAAUCACCCAGUCGACGCCACUCAGUUGAUGGAGAACAUGAAAAGUAUUUUUGAGGCCAUGGAGAAAGACUGGGGCGAAGCAGGAGUGCAAAGUUGA